UGUGCAGGCGGCUGUGUGAGGAAGAGGAGAGGAAGCGCGUCUCUGUGGCCGCCGCGCCUCACCCUACGGAGGCUCUGCAGGAUGCUGGACCGCAAGGGCGGCUGGAACGUGUCGUUUGCGGGAUGCGGCUUCUUGGGUGUUUAUCACAUCGGAGCUGCCUCCUGCUUGCAGGAGCGCGCCCCGCAUCUUAUCCGCGACGCGCACCAGAUCUACGGGGCUUCGGCGGGGGCCCUCACCGGCGCCGUCUUACUCGGAGGCGGCUCUCUGGCGGAAGCUUGUGCAGAUGUUUUGCGGCUCGCCAAAGAAGCAAGGAAGCGAAAUCUUGGUCCACUUCACCCUUCCUUCAAUGUGAUGAAGAUCAUAAAAGAUGGACUCUGCAAAAAUCUUCCAGAAAAUACUCAUCAGUUGAUGUCAGGGAAAUUGUGUAUUUCACUUACUCAAGUGUCUGAUGGCAAAAAUGUGUUGGUAUCCAACUUUAAUUCUAAAGAAGAAGUUGUUCAGGCUUUGCUUUGCAGCUCCUUUGUACCUAUAUACUGUGGCCUCAUUCCACCUUCAUUUAGAGGGGUGCGCUAUGUGGAUGGUGGAAUAAGCGACAACUUACCUCACCAUGACUCAAAGAAUACCAUCACAAUUUCACCUUUCUCUGGGGAGUGUGACAUUUGCCCUAAGGGCAACUCUGCAAACUUCCACGAAAUGAAUCUGACCAAUACCAGCAUUCAGUUUACGUCAGGAAACAUGUAUCGUUUGACUCAAGCACUUUUCCCUCCAGCACCCCAGGUACUAGGAGAGAUCUGUGAACAAGGAUAUUCAGACGCUCUUAGAUUUUUGAAAGAAAAUGGUAUACUGCAUGACUCAAUUUCUGUCAUCUUACCUUUAAAAAGGGGAGAUCAUGCACAAAUCCCAGGUUAUACUAAUAAGAAAACAGUUGCAGAAAAUCAAGGCAAAGAAAAUCUGUUAAAGGAAGAAAUUCUCAUCGACCAACUGAAGUUAGCCUCAUGGCCAUUGGACAAAGCUAUUUUUGACAAUCUACCUCCUAGACUUCGCAAAGCAUUACAGGAGGCUUGUAAAGAGAAACAUGGACUUUAUGCUCAGCUUUCUAAAUUUCUACCAAUGAGACUGAUGUCCUAUAUGAUGUUGCCGUAUACCCUGCCAGUUGAAUCAGCAUAUUUUGUGGCCUUAAGAUUAGUAGACUGGUUUCCUGAUAUCCUCACUGAUGUGCAAUGGAUGCAGGGACAGCUUCGUCAGUUUGUGGGUGCUGUAUAUUCCAAAGCAAGAAAAAGACUACUAAGUUUUCCAAGUAAUGAAAGCCAUAUUCUGAUUAGAAAAUGCCAGACUGCACCCCUGAAUAUGGGUCUUUCCUCUCCCUGCCGCCAUUCUAAAAUGCCUCAUUCUUCUGCAUACCUCAAAGAAUGGUUUUUUGACCUUCCCUACUGCGACGCGUCUGCUAUGAAGGAAGCUGAAGCUGAUGCAAAUGAAAGCUUUUUGUCCAUUCCCCCUUUUUUCAUGAACUCUGAAGAAUCAGGUUUGGAACUGGAUUUUGAUUCCUCCUCUGAGCAAAGUUUCCAGACUGCCUCGGAAGACUAACUUGAGAACUGCUGCAUCAGGCAGAGAAAUCUAAGUCUUGGAGGGCAUGAUUGAUGUAGCAUCUGUCAACCCAUCUUUUGGAAGAUACUGUUUACAAUGGAUGACAAAUUGCCUCAGGAAAUCUCUUUAAGCAAGAUAAUUAUAGAAAAGUGACAAAUGGCUUCCUGAUGGAUUAAAAAACAGAGCUGAAAGGAGGGCCCCAGUGCAAUAUAACAAUGUUUACCAGACAAGAUCCCCACUAGGAAGUGUGAUCAAAUAAUGGCUUGAGUUUUUAUAUUGGGGCAAACAUACGUAGCAAA